AAAUGGCUGAAAAACAAAAACAAUAAAUACUGUGAUGAAUAGUUUUCAUACAAAAACUGAUGCUUGAUUUUAUUCAAAUCAUAAAACAGAACUAAUUUCGUCCCAGGUUAUCUUCAAAGGAACGUAUUACACGUUUUAAUUCCUUGUGUUCUUGGUGAACAUGGGUAAUAAAUCAUCUACUAUUCUGAGAAAAAUCUCAACACCUCACAACCAUCACCAAGGACAGUCUGAAAAUGAUGCUGUCUUAGAGGAAAGUCGGAAACAAAGUCAACAGCAUUAUAAUGUGUCACUGAUUCGACUGUUUGAGAAACUGGAGCUGACAGCUGAUGGGGAUAAUGUACAUCCUGGGGAACUGUCAAAAGCAACCUUUGAGAAUGCAUUCCAUGGACCAUUGCACAUAUUUGGCAAGCUCAUAUACUUGCAAAUGGUUUCUUCGGGGGCUCUCCACCGAGAACGCAUCACCCGAGAACAGUUUGUGAAAGCUGGCAAAGAAAUUCUUAAAAUGCAUGGAGAAAAGGCCUUGGUCAAGUACUACUUUCACUUAUUUGCCUCUGGGAAGGAUCACCUAACCAAUGAAGAUGCAAAACAGAUGUUUGAGAUUUCCUUUGCCCUCACCUUGUCACUCUCCAAGAUUCUUCAUAAGGAGGAUGAAAGAGAUGAGCGUGUGUUUUGUGCUAUGGUGACCAGCUUGUUUGGUAUAAAGACGGAGGUGAAGUUGGAGGAGUUCAGCACUUGGCACAGGGACUCCUGCCCGGAGUUGUUUCAGCAUGUCCACAACUGGGUGUACCAUAUCCUCACUGGCUCCUCCCUGCCUGAGGAACUGGAUAACUGCCGAGUGCCAAUGCUGGAUGCUGUGACUAAUGCCAACAACAGCAUCAGCAUGGCAGUCUUGUGGCUUCUGUCCAUCGUACUCCCUCCCGCAUACACCAAACUGAAAGCCCAGAAAAAGUCCAGUGCGGAAGGACCGUCUGCUUCUCUUGCUGCGUCAGUGGCUGCAAACAACUUCAGUUCAGGAGCCGGGGCUGGGGAGUACAGUGUCACCAAAGACCCCAUGUGGACGUCGCUCCUGUUGUUACGGAAAAUGGCCAGACUUCCACAGUGCGAGAGCUGGAAAGUGCUCUACAAUAGCGAGAACCAUGGGAUGUCCUCAAAUAGGUUUAGCCACCAUGUCGCCUCCUACCAUGCGGCGAACGUCACGUUCUUCAACUUUGAAGGCAAAAACCAGUACUGUCUCGCUCUUGACAGAGGUUGGCGGGAAGGAUGUGGCAAGUUUGGUGGGGAAGACUGUCGUUUGAUCCAGCUGCUUCCAGUAUACAGGGUUAUUCAGUCUGGGGAGAAUAUGGUGAAAUGGGUUGAAUCGUCCAAGAGCUCUUCUCAAGGCAUCUUUGUUGGUUGCGAUGGCAAAGCAGAAGUUCUCCGCAUUCCUAAGGACUUUGAUACCAUCUCCCACUAUGGCGUUUCCUGCCAGCUGUACAGGGUCGAGGUGUGGGGAUGUGGAUCUGACGAUGCUUUGGAAGCUCAGCGCAUUCAGAAAAAAUGGGAGGCAGGAGCUGUGAGCAGGGAACAAGGCCGCAAGCUGAGGCCGUAUGGAGAAUCCUGGGAUGACACUCCAGACAAACAGCUCUUGCAGUGGGGUGGUGUCAAUGUGGGCAACCACUCGUACGACCGAUAGCACUUGAUGGCAACAAACAUGAAAGUUGAAGAAAUUACAUCAGAGAGAAGGAAAAGGAAUGAAUCAUUCCCUUUAUUUAUCCUCCUGUAAGUUUUGUGUUUCUUCUUUGUCCACUUCUCGCACCUCUCCACUGUGAUUACAAAUGAAAUGGCCCUGAUUGGUUGACAGCAAGUUUUAACAUUUCGCUACCCUAGAAUUACUAUGUUCUACCUGCUCAGUACCUAGUUUUUAGAAAUUUGACGUUAAAAAAAUUUGAGUUUCACAAUAUGCCAAGCUUUUUCUAAAGCAGUUCUUUGAAUAUCUUGAUAAUGACUUCGAAUAAUCUUAUGAUUUUGAUAGAGAAGAUUGAACAUUUGGUUUCUGACUUCAUGGUCUUAGUAACCUAAAAUGUAAGAUAGAACCUAAUAAUUCUAAGGUAGCGAUUCGCUAUGUAGUGGUGAAACUUCACACUGGAGUGGACAGUGGCGCGGGUGGUUGGAGAGCACCACUGGUAGGUCCUACUUCUUUACUUUCCCACUGUUAUUUCUGUCAUUCUGUCUUACUUUCUCCCAGCACUAAGUGACCGUUCUUGUGUCCAUGUGCUUCUCUUUACACGGACAAAACAAACAAAUGGACAGUGGCAAAUGUACGAGUGGUGCUCCUGCUGUGGUGCAUAUAGUAAACUCACUGUGAGACGGAUCACACGGGAGCUCUCAGGACUUUCUUAACGUUUCUCUUGGUCUAUUUCUGCCUUAGAGAAUCACAUCCUUGUUACGGGGUUCCCACGUUUGAUUUUGCUCUGGGUUUUUUUUUAAUGAAAGUCUUAUGAUUUGUGAGUGACAAGCGUAUUCAGGGUAACAGUGUAGACAGUUGGGUUUUUUUGUUGUUGUUGAUGUUUAAUAUACAAUGUGUAUUCUGUUAUAUAUCGAUAUAGAUUGGAAUCGGACCUUGAAGCUAGAAAUGUGUUGUACAGCUUGUUGAACAGGAGUCUUAAGUCGCUAGAAGGUAAAGCUGUAUACUAGACUUGACAGGUCAAUUUUGUUUCUUGACUAAUGUCCAAUUCUGCUCUUUAGAAUUUUUAUUGAAGUAGAAUUGAUUCUUUAAUAGUUGGAACUGGCAAAAAGAAAAGGUAAAUCUGAACCAUUGUCAUACUUUUGUAAGUAGUUUUGACAAUUUUGGAACCCUCAGCACUGAAAGCUUUAUCACAUUAUAUGGCUUUAGUGAAGUGUGUUUAGUCUAACACGAACUGAAGAGGAUGAAUAACGACAAAAUUAUAACUAUUUUAGUUGAUUUGUGAAUGUAUGUAACUGAUUCUUAGCAUAUUGUAGAUGUAAUCUGCUAGUAUGCAAGUCAGGUCAGCAGAUUUAUAGACCAAAAAAAAAUCCUAUUGAUUAAAGCUUCAUGUCGUCAUGUACAUGAUGGAGAAUUCCCUCUUGAGGAGAAUGGGGCGAAAAACAAAA